GAGCUGCGGGCCGACGCAGAGAGGCCUGACAGCGCCGGGUCCGGUCGGCCGUGGCGGCCUGGCUUUGUUUUUAGGCCGGGUCUCUGGGACCGGCCCGGGAAGAUGGUGCUAGGGGGCUGCCCUGUGAGUUACCUACUGCUGUGCGGCCAGGCAGCCUUGCUCCUGGGGAACCUACUGUUGCUGCACUGUGUCUCUCGGAGCCACUCGUUUAAUGCCACGGCCGAACUGGAUCUCACACCCUCAGGCGCCGCUCACCCCGAGGGUCCCGUAGCCCCGAGCUGGGAAUACAGCGACCCCCACUCUCCGGUCAUCCUUUGCUCUUACCUACCCGACGAGUUUGUAGAUUGUGAUGCCCCAGUGGAUCACGUUGGAAAUGCAACCGCCUCCCAGGAACUUGGUUAUGGUUGUCUCAAGUUUGGGGGUCAGGCCUACAGUGAUGUGGAACACACUGCAGUCCAGUGCAGAGCCCUGGAUGGAAUUGAGUGUGCCAGUCCCCGGACCUUUCUACGAGAGAAUAAGCCUUGUAUAAAGUACACCGGACACUACUUCAUAACCACGUUGCUCUACUCCUUCUUCCUGGGAUGUUUUGGCGUCGAUCGUUUCUGUUUGGGACACACUGGAACAGCCGUCGGGAAACUGCUGACCCUGGGAGGACUUGGGAUCUGGUGGUUUGUCGACCUAAUUUUGCUCAUCACUGGAGGGCUGAUGCCCAGUGAUGGUAGCAACUGGUGCACUGUCUACUAAAAGCUGCUGCUGCCCCAGGCCAGCAAGAACAAAAAAGUGUUAGGUUGCCCGGCUAAUUACUACAAGCUCCAAAUUCUUCUCCAAACAUCACUUUCCCCUUUAGAAGUUCAGACUGAACUUUUCAAACCAAACCUUACCUUGCAGACCAAAAAUGACAAGCAGUGUUGUGGGAGUCCAGUUGUAUCUUUCUUCAUGUGUAAAAUAGCAAAGAUAGUGACUUCUAUCCACGGAUCAUUUUCAGAACGCCGUUUCUGUGUGGCUGGAUCUUGAGUCAUCUGGAGCAGGGGCCCAACAGGAUAAACCAAGCGUGUGUUUACCCAUGCACAGUGACCCUGAAUUUCCAAGCACAAGUCAGAAACUGCGCCAGUGAGAAAUCUCCAGGAGACAUAGAAAUGACUGUGGAUUUUAAUACACACCAAAAUUCUGACUCUGUGAAUCUAAAUUACAGAAUAAAGUUUUAAAACCUA